AUGAACGGCCCCAAGGUUGUUCUAGUGACUGGUUGUGCCAAAGGUGGAAUAGGUUACGAGUACUGCAAAGCCUUCGCAGAUCAAAAUUGCCGCGUUUUUGCCUCCGACAUUCCCCAACGCCUAAACGACGUCGUAGACCUCCCACCUGACAAGGUCGAGACACUAGCACUAGACGUCACGUGUGAGGAGAGUGUAUCCUCCGCUGUGAAGAACAUCAUAUCAAAAUGCGGCCGCAUUGACAUUUUGGUCAACAACGCAGGGAUAGGAAGCACCGGCCCUUUGGCCGAGCUUCCAUUGGACACGAUCACAAAGGCGUGGGAAAUCAACGGCUUGGGACAGCUGAGAUUGGUCCAAGAAAUUGUACCCCACAUGAUUUCUCAACGAAGUGGGACCAUAGUGAACAUUGGAAGCGUAGUGGGAAAAGUCCCUACACCUUGGGCAGGUUCAUAUUGCGCUACUAAGGCCUACAUUCAUGCCGUGUCACACACUUUGCGUGUGGAACUUAGGCCUUUUAAUGUUAAUGUUGUGCUUGUUUUACCGGGGUCCAUAAGGUCCAAUUUUGGGAAAGCAAAUGUGGAGAGACUAGGGGAUUUUGAUUGGAAAAUUUAUGGAGAGUUCAAAGAGGCCAUUGAAGAGAGAGCUAGGGCUUCUCAAGGAAGUAAGGCUACGGAUUCUGGGGUUUUUGCGAGGCAUGUUGUGAAGAGAGUUUUGCGUCGAAAACCGCCUAGGAAGAUUGUAUUUGGGCGCAUGACUGUUCUAUUUGCCUUGCUUUCUUGGUCCCCUCUUUGGGUAAGAGAUUGGUUCUUUUCCAAUCGUUUUAAGCUAAACAAGAAAGUUUGA